GCCACUCUUUUAAGCACCUCUGCACACACCAAACCCCGCUCUCUUGACUGAAAAACCUUCCAAGUCCAAAAGGAUGUCACCUUUGUCCAAAUUUUCUCUAAUUCUUUGUCUCCUACAAGCCCUCUGCAUCCAUGCUGACAUUGACAGUGGCAUUUUUCUGAUCUUCAACCAGAACCACAACAAGUGCAUAAAGGUUGAGAGUGCCACCUCUGUUACAGUGGCACAGUGCAAUCCCCACGCCAAGGAGCAGCAGUUCCGCUGGGUCUCUGAGUCUCGCCUCCUUAGUCUGUCCCUCAAGUUAUGCCUAGGAGCCACAGAAAUUAAAGACUGGGUGAAGGUGCUCCUCUUUGAAUGUGAUGAAAACAGUAAUCUACAGCACUGGCAAUGUAAGAAUGAGACCAUAUUUGGCUUAAAAGACCAGGACUUGCACCUAAACUGGGGAAACUUUAAAGAGAGGAAUGUAAUGAUCUACAAAGGCGCAGGGUUGUGGAGUCGCUGGAAUAUAUUUGGCACUAAGGGGGAUCUCUGCUCAAAGGGUUUUCAAGAGACCUUCAGCAUAGGAGGUAAUGCAUUUGGAGCUCCCUGUCAGUUCCCAUUUAAGUUUGGGGAGAAAUGGUACGCUGAGUGCACAAAGGAAGGUCGCUCAGAUGGACAGAUGUGGUGUGCAACAGAGAGGGAUUACGACAAACAGAAGAAGUGGGGGUUUUGUGCAACAAAAGCAAUAUUUGGUUGGGACACUGAUCCGGUCACCGGGGUUCAGUAUCAGAGGAAUACACAGGCAGCUUUAACAUGGCACCAGGCCAGGAUGAGCUGCCAGCAACAGGGAGCAGACCUCCUCAGCAUCAUGGAGCUGCAUGAACAAUCAUACAUUUCAGGGUUGACUAAUCAUUUGGGAACAUCUCUGUGGAUUGGGCUGAACAGCUUAGACUAUGAGAGUGGAUGGCAGUGGAGCAAUGGAAACCCAUUCAGAUAUCUAAACUGGGGCCCAGGUCAUCCAUCCUCUGUCCCUGGGUUCACCUGUGCAACUCUAAACGCUGGAAAAGCAUCAAAGUGGGAGAGCAGUACCUGCAACAAAAAACUUGGCUACAUUUGCCGUAAAGGAAACUCCACCAGUCUGCCUCCACCACCAAAUCAGGGGCCAAGCUUCUGCCCAAAUCACUGGGUGCCUUAUGGAGGACAAUGUUAUUACCUGGAGAGGAGCAAAAAGAUGUGGACGGACGCUCUGGCUGCAUGCCGCAAAGAAGGAGCAGAUUUGGCCAGCAUCAACAAUAUAGAAGAGCAGAGCUUCAUUAUAACACAGUCUGGAUAUUUACAGACAGAUGUGCUCUGGAUUGGAUUGAAUGAUCAGAGGAACCAGAUGCUCUUUGAAUGGUCUGAUCACACCCAUGUGACCUUCACCAACUGGCAGAGUGGUGAACCAUCUCAUAGCACUAACCACCAGGAGGACUGUGUCUUAAUCCGAGGAAAGGACGGAAAGUGGGCGGAUCAUAUAUGUGAGAAGACAUAUGGGUAUAUUUGUAAAAAAAAAGCUUCCACAAAACCGCUUGCAGGUACACACGAGGAAGUGAAUCCAGGAUGCAAACUUGGCUCGACUAGGUUUGGUUCCUUUUGCUAUGAUAUUGGAGGAGAAACAAAAACUUUUGAAGAGGCAAAGCAGGCAUGCUCAAAAGAUGGCGCUAACCUUGUGGAUAUUGCUGACAGGUAUGAAAAUGCUUUUCUUGUCAGUUUAGUGGGACUGAGACCAGAAAAGUACUUUUGGACAGGUUUAUCCAACACAGAGGACAAGAAUACUUUUAAGUGGACCACAAGUAGAAAGGUUACCUUUACUCAUUUCAACAUGGGCAUGCCAGACAGAAAACAGGGAUGUAUUGCCAUGACUACUGGGACUUUUGCUGGUUUAUGGGAUGUUAUCAGCUGCAGCAACAAAGAGAAAUAUAUCUGCAAAAAGCAGGCAGAGGGUGUGCUUGUGACAACAAUUCCCCCGACGACUCCAGAACUUACCUGUGCUUCCGGUUGGACCCCUGUUCCCAAAAGAAAUGUCUGUUCAAAAGUUUAUAAGAAAGUAAAGAAUGAAAGGAAGAGUUGGCAAGAAGCACAGGAAUUUUGCAAAGCCAUAGGUGGAGACCUGAUGAGCAUACACAGUAUGAAGGACCUGGAAAAUUUAAAUAUUCAUACCUCUGAUCCAUUCUGGAUAGGUCUAAGACUCACGGGUCCUAAUGAGGGUUUUGCCUGGAGUGAUGGCUCACCUUUCAGCUUUGAGAACUGGGGCUUUGGAGAACCAAACAACCACAAUGACAAUGAACACUGUGCAGAAGCUCAGUUUUACUAUGGACAUCACUGGAAUGACCGGAACUGUGACUACUAUAAUAACUGGAUCUGCCAAAUACCCAAAGGUAUCGCCCCCAAACCUGAGCCAGCUGUGGUUGUUGAAGUGUUCAAUACAACAGAAGAUGGGUGGCUCAUAUACAAUGACAGUCAAUACUACAUCAACAAAGAAAGAUUACCGAUGGAAGCUGCAAGAGAUUACUGCAGAAAGAACUACGGAGAACUUGUAGUCAUAACAGCCGAAAGUGAGAGGAAGUUCAUCUGGAAACAAAUAGCAAGGAACUCUGAAGGACAAUACUACAUUGGCUUGAUUGUGAACUUGGAUCAAUCCUUUAGCUGGGUAGAUGGAACACCAGUCACUUACACUGCUUGGGAAAACAAUGAGCCAAACUUUGCCAACAAUGAUGAAAAUUGUGUAACAAUAUACAGCAACAUGGGCUAUUGGAAUGACAUUAACUGUGGCCUGGAGCUACCUUCUGUUUGCAAAAGAAGCAGCAGCUUUAUUAAUACCACAAUGGCACCGACCACGGCCGCCAAAGGAGGAUGUGCACCUGAGUGGCUUUCCUUUAGAGGAAAGUGCUACAAAUUCUUUGGGGACAAGAAGAACUGGCAGAAUGCCAGAAGCCACUGCCAAAAAGAGGGAGGUAAUCUGGUGUCCAUUGCAAACGAAAAAGAGCAAGCAUUCCUAACAGCACAGAGCCUAAGCCAACAGGAUGAUCUUUGGAUUGGCAUGAAUGAUAUUAACUGGGAAAUGCGUUUUGUUUGGACGGAUGGCAAAGGCAUAUCGUUUACCAACUGGGCAAAAGGGCACCCUGCAUCAUCACCUGAUGGACGCUUUUUUCAGGAUGAGGUGUUUGACUGUGUGGUCAUGGUCGGCAGCAGCCUUAGAAUGAAAGGACUGUGGAAGGUGGAGGACUGUGGUUCCAAACGUGGCUUUGUCUGUAAAAAGAAAUUUGAUUCCCAGAUUGUGGUCCCACCUACCACUGUGUCACCAAAUACCUUCAACAUGGUUGGUAAUGAUUCCUACAAGGUGGUGGUCCAAAAAAUGAGGUGGGAUGAAGCUCGGAGACAAUGCCAGGCAGAUGAUGCAGAUUUGGCCAGUAUCCUAAACCCGGUAGUCCAGGCUUUCAUCACCUUACAGAUAUCCUUGCUUAAAGAGCCUGUUUGGAUCGGCCUCAACAACAAUGUGACUGGGGGUCGCUUUCAGUGGGUUGACAACUGGCUUCUCCGUUACACUAAAUGGGGGAAGAAUGAGCCAAAAAAUUAUGGCUGUGUUUACAUUGAUGUUGAUCAUACAUGGAAGACAGCAGAAUGCUCCAAUACUUACUACUCCAUCUGCAAAAGGUCACCAGACUUAGCACCAACUGAGCCGCCACAGCUUCCUGGCAACUGUCCAGAGUCCAAGAAGCAAAAAACCUGGAUACCUUUUAGAGGUCACUGCUAUUCUUUCAUGAGCUCAGUGGUGAAUAACUGGGCCCAUGCAUCAGUUGAAUGUAUAAAAAUGGGUGCAUCUCUAGUAAGUAUUCAGGAUCCUGUUGAGGGAGCAUUCAUUCAAAAGAAUAUUGAACUGCUGCAGGACGGGGCGAAAUCUUUUUGGAUUGGUCUCUUCAAGACACAUGAUGAUGAAUGGAUGUGGAUCGAUAAAAGCACUGUAGACUAUACCAACUGGAAAACAGGAAUGCCAAACACAGACACAUGUGUUAACAUCCAUUCCGACAGUGGACAGUGGAGCACAAACAGCUGCAACAGAUACAGGCCCUUCAUCUGCAAAACACCUAAAGUUAUCUCACCUACAUCAAAGCCAGAGUUUGUAGUUCAAACCGUUGAAGAAGCAUCAUCACAUGGGUCUGUGGGAAUCACCUUGGCUAUUGUGCUAAUUGUCAUAGCCAUAGUGGGACUAGGUGCCUUCCUCCUGUUCCGCAAAAGGAUACGGUUACCUAUGCCCACUUUGGGGGAAGGCACCUUUGACAACAAGUUAUACUUCAACAGUUCAAAUCAAGCUCCUGUGGACACUAAAGGACUGGUGCUCAACAUUGAGCAGAAUGAACAAGCAUAAAGAGACAAUAACAAAUUAUGUUUUAAAUUAUCUGUAGGAAAAUGGCUAAACAAAUAUGACUACACUGAUUAAAAAGAUCAUAAUACUAGUUAUCAAACUCCACUGAUUUGAUCACUAUUGCAAAAAGAUAGGGGGUAAACUCCUGAAAAUAUAUAGUUCAGGUUUUCCUUUCAAUUCCACGGCCAUGGUUGUGUAAAAUCCAUCACCUAAUAAUGACUGCUUUUAAGGGCAUUGGUAAAAGCAUGGGUUACUCUCAGGAACUCAAGGAUUUCUGAAUAUGCCUCAGUCGACUGUUUGUACUACAUUAAAGUAAAAGUUAGUGGGAACAGUAAUGACUCAGGCACAAAGUGGUGGACCACAUAAAAUAACAGCAGUCGCUGAGGCACACUGUGUAAAGGGGAAGCUAUUUUCCUCAUUCAAUGGCUAUAGAAAUCAAAACUUCUCGUUGGCUAUAUGUUUGCUCAAACGUCUCAUGCUGAAAACCUAAUGUUCAAGUGCUAUGCUUCUGAACCUUACACCACUAAGUGGAAUGCAAAAUAUCACAGUCAGCAGUGUAGAGCAAGCAACGACAGCAGUCUAGUUAUCUGGCCCCCAUCUCUGAAGAAAAAGGUUUACAGUACUAAUGGACCCUACCUGCCUUACAUAGUCAUGAAGAAAUGAAUGAGUGUGCAUUUUUAGAAGGAUUCCUUCCUAAUUUCUUCCUAUAGGGACUAAAAUUGUAAUAUCAUCAGAGGGUGUACUAUUAUCAUAACAACCAGAGGCCAGUAAAUUCAUAUAUGUGUCAAGGUAUGUCAGUUUAUAUUUCUGGAUAUAUAGUGUAUGUUUGACUUUAAUAUGUACAGAUAUUGGGGAUAAAUCAGUGUUAUCUUGAAUGUUUAUAUGCUCUAAAUCAAAAAAGGUAUAGAAGUAUUUCAAGACCAACAAUCCUCCUCAGCAAGACCACUAAGACCAAGACCCUUACAUUGUUGUAAAUAUAUAUAUAAAA